CGGUGCCGAUGAGCGCAGUCGCGUAUGGAGCGCGGGCGGUGACGGUUGAUGUCUGGGCCGAGUCGUUUUGCCGGGCCUUGGAGGGGUCUCGGCGGUUCUGUUGAGGGUGGGGCGCGCGGGGCGGCCUUAGUGGUGGUCUCGUCGCGGUUUUAGUCCUUCCGGCAUUUGCUUUUCCCUCGGAGCUGCUGUGAGAAAUGUCCCAGCGGAAGCGCAGCAAAGGGCUCAGCUCCUCUCAGAUGACCGAUGGGGAGGAAGAUUGCAGCCCGAGCCAGAGGGACCAGCCUUUCCAGGACCAGAUGAACCAGAAGGUGAGUGAGCUGGUUCAGUUCCUGCUUGUGAAGGACCAGAAGAAGAUCCCUAUCAGGAGGGCAGAUAUGCUGAAGACUGUAGGCCAGAAAUACAAGAACUACACAGAAAUUGUCAACAGGGCAGGCAAGACCCUGCAGGAGGUUUUUGGGCUGCAGCUGAUGGAGAUUGACACCAAACUCCACACCUACAUCCUCAUCGAUAACCURCCCCGUGCUGAGGGAGAGUACCUGUGCAAGUGAGGGGCUGCUGCUAGGGGACCUCUGGGUGA